AUGUCCCUGCUGUUGACGCCGUCGUACACGGGGUUUAUCGGCUCCACAAAGGAUGCCGUUUUGGUGAUCCAAGCCGUGUUGCUUGGUGAUUUCCCCUUGGUGGACCAUCGGCCCCAGGAUCGCGAACGGGCAGAGCUAAUAAAAAGUGGAAAUGUAUUUGUGUUUAUCGAAGAGUCCUCUGGCAUAAAACGUUGGACCGAUGGCAUUUCGUGGUCUGCUUCGAGGAUUCUUGGCCGUUUUUUGGUGUAUCGCGAGUUGGACCCUUCCAGCAUGAAUGAGAAGGACGACAAACGAAAAAGACGAAAGCAUCUGGAACUGAUACCUCUGAGGAAACUGCAACCUGUUGAUUAUCAAUCAGAUGCUAAUCUUGUCUCCGAUUUCCAUCGCUCACACCUCGAUUAUCGACCUUAUGAACUGGUCGCUCCAGAUUAUGUGCCUUUAAGCGCCAUCAACACCGCCCCAUCUGCAUCUUUAUCAGCUCCAAAUGCUCCAGGCGCUCCAUUAAACGUCUAUCCAAGACAGUAUUCCCGAGAAACCCCUCACCAAGUGGUCCAGGAUCACGGCCUCAUCAAAAAGACCCUUUCGGUCACUACAGGGAAAGAAAAUUCCGUUACCAGCAAAGAAAACAAGCAGACCAUCCACUUAAUUUCUUAUUAUUCAGCACACGAUGUGUUGCUGGGCAAAUUGUCCCGCCCCUCUCAUGGCAAUUUGAAGAAUUUGCCAGUCCCUCCACUGCUUUGGGAAGCUGUUAAGAAGUCGUCCUUGGGUGGGAAAAUCCCCAUAGAGGACGAGGCCUACUAUUACUUGGAUUCCAACUACCAGCUCCAAAAUAUGUCAGUAUUGCUUAACAGUCGGGCUGAUACUGCCAAAAAACAACCGCUGACAUCAGUGGGUUCCGUGGGCUCGGUUGCUUCUGUAGGUUCAACUCACCAACCUGCUGCUAAAUCAGUCCAACACAAUCCCUCCAAGUUGCCAUAUGUGUUACCAGUGCCCUUUGCGGGACCUGCUCCGCCGAUUGCGUUUCACGCCGAUUAUGUUCCUCCUUUAUUUCAACAGCUGGGCAAACAGUCUAGCGCAAACUCCAUAGACACGAUGAAAAAAGAGGACGAUUCCGCCGAGUUGGGCUCAGUGUCGACUUACUCGGCCCCUACAUCUUUGCAGACCUACAACCAUCCCAACACAUAUGGUUAUCCUGAACAACGGUCCCCCGAAAUUCCGCUGCUGCUGCUGCAGUUUGGUCCAACGCAGACUACUCAGUACCCCCUCUACGACCAACUGCUACACCACCAUCACCAUCAUCAUCCACACCACCCUCAGCAGAUGUAUUCUUUACCCGGGCCCUCAGGCACACUGGACCAACACUACUUGACCCAGGAUGGGGCCUAUCCACAGGGCUAUCCUGGUCAGUACCCUGGUGUGCCCUAUCAAUUGUACAAUAGCACCGCUUAUUUUAACCCAGGAGGCGGCCAAAUCGUGCAACCAGCGAACACUAAUCUUCCUCCAACAGGAAAUGUUCCUGGUUUAACGUCUCAACAAGUUCAGCAACCACCACCGCAGGUUUUAUCUUCAACAGAUUCACAACCACAGACUUUGCAGCAACCGCAACAUCUGCCCCAGUCAGCAGACUAUGGCAGUGGGCAUCGAGCAGGGUUUUAUGGAGGGGUCAUGCCACUGAAUGCCAGUGGAACCACCCAAACCUCCUCUGUUUCGAAACGGUCUGUGGAAUAUCCUGAGUACUUCGCUCCGGCCGAGGAGCCUUAUAAUUAUAACUGA